GGAGGGGAGGGGGAGGAGGGGCGCGCGGCUCCGGCAGAAGCGCACGAGCCAGCCUCGGCUGAGUCCUCGCGCCGCUCGACCGGGACAGUGGGGCGAUGCGCAUCUAAGGCAGAAUGGGCUCCCGCCGCCUCCUGCUCCUCGCCCUGGCCGCGCUGGCCUCCGCUCCCCGAGUGCGUUGUGAAUCUGAUCCCCCUGAUGUGGUGUUUCUGCCGGCUGAACUAAAAGUGCUCAAUGGCCCAGAAUAUUUCCGUCUUCAGCGAACAGAUCGAUACCUGCCAGGAAAUGCCUCUCUCAGCUCCCGCUCAGAGACCUUCCUCUUUCUCCACCGUCAGCUCACAGGGAAGCCAACCAUCCAAGCUACCUACCAGCCUUUCACUGCCCAGCAGGUGGUACCAACUGAUGACUCUCAAUCCACUGAUACCUCUGUUACCUGGGAUGUUCGGGCUGUGUCCAUUGAGGGCACAGUGUCUCCCUAUGAGCCUUACACCAGAGUCCUGUUCCAUCUCCAGGGGCAGGACUGGAUGUCAGAAAAGAAGCCCCUGCCAUGUGUCACCCUAUAUGUCUUUCACCAGGCUCAGGUGGUUCAUCGCGCCUGCCAUCUUCAGGCACCCCUGGGGGUAUGUGUAGUGGAACUAGAGCUCCCUGCUCAAUGGCUCUCUCCUCCAGUGGCUGCCACCAACCCCCACAAAUCAGAAGACCUGAACAUCACGCCUGUCCGGGCUGAGUUGUACUACACCCUAGAACCCCCACUGGCAGGGAAAAUCCCUGGAGAAUGCCCCCAUGCACAGACCCAGGAAAAACCACGUCCAGGCAGUGAAGGCAAUAAGGAGAAGCUGCACUAUGUGGGCCCUGUUGAUAUCCGAGUGAUGAGCCCUCCACGGCGCCAGGAAGUUCGGCUGGAUGACAAUGUGAUGGUCCGGGUCCCUGACAUGGCUCUGCGUCCUGGGCAGCUCUUCACAGCCACCCUCAUCCUGCAGCAAAACUUUACUGCUGAUCUGCUGACACUUCGUAUCAAGGUGAAGAAAGGGCUACAGGUCCUGGCUGCUCGUCCCACGAGGCCAGAUGCGUGGAGUGCAAAGCUGGACAAGUUCAAGGGUUCCAAACACCACACCGCUCUGGUCACUUGUCGCCGCUCCAUUGGCAGUGGGUUGGACUGGCGUGCAAUAGAUUCUCCUGAGUUCUUAUAUCUGGAUUUCAUGGUGGAGAACAGCACAGGGGGGCUGGCAUCUACACGUCCUGUCACCUGGCAAGUGGAGUACCCAGGCCAGGACCCAGAAGCCGAGAAGGACAAGAUGGUGUGGGAGAUCCAGGUGUCAGAAAGAGAUGUCCGGGCCUUGGUUCCCUUGGUGAAGGAGCAGGAGAUUGUGAAUACUGCACUCCUAACAGGGGUUCCUCAUUCAGUGCCAGUGAAGCUGAUUGUGGUAGAAACAGGGGGAGCAGUAUUUGAGGUGACAGAGCAGAUGGGCUGUGAGUCUUCUAACAAGCAGGUCUUGCAGGUCUCAGAUGUGUGUGACGCUGUCUAUGUUGGUGGGAAAGAGAGCCGAGGAGCACGUGGCGUCCGGGUGGAUUUCUGGUACCGUCGACUGCAUGCUUCACUGCUCUUUACAGUCUGGGCCCCAUUGUUGCCUCUGCGCAUUGAGCUGACAGACACCUCACUGGAGCAAGUACGAGGUUGGAGGGUUCCUGGGCCAACUCCUGAUGGCAGUUCAGCUGAGCCUGAAGAGGGUGGAGAGGAAGCGGAGAGGAGAGGUCGUGGAUGUCGCCUGCAAUACCAACGGGCUGGUGUUCGUUUCCUGGCCCAUUUUGUGGCUCACCCUUUAGAUGGUGGCCGGCACCUGACCUACAUGCCAAGCUCUGAUUGGCUGUUGGAUGUAUCACAUCUGGUGCAGGCACAUGCCAGAAUCCAGGACCCACGAGUGGCAACAUUGGAAGGGGGGAGUGUGGUGAUUGGCCGUGAACCAGGCAUGACAUCUGUGGAGGUGCGUUCUCCUGUUUCUGACUCUAUUCUGGGGGAGCAGACCCUGGUGGUAUCAGAUGACAAGGUCUCCCUCUCAGAGCUACAGACCCAGCUGGUGUCUGGUCUCUCGUUAUCUCUUUCUGUGGAGCAAGGACACCCAAAUGUCUUCACUGCUAUGUGUCAGGGACUUUCAACUCUGCGCUCUUUGAAGCAGGAAGGAGUCCUGAGUCUUUGGCUGGCAUUCACUGAUCACACCUUGGCUCCUGUAGAGCUUUAUGGCUGGCGGGAUGCUGGGCUCUCGGUUUCUUCUCUGAAUCCUCAUGUGGUCUCGGUGCGGCUGGACGAGGAGCAGGCUCGCCCAGCGAUCAUUGCUGAAGGACCGGGACAAGGUUCCCUCCUGCAGCUCAGCCUCCAUUCCCCAGACUCUUGCCGCAAGGGCAAGCACAGGGCUCCCCUUGCCCAGGGGACAACAUGGUUGGAAGUAAACUUUGGCCGGCGCAUCUCCACAACAAGUAGCCCACGGCAGAAGAGCCCACAUCUCCAUGGGGACCCUCCCUUUCAGCGAGCAGAAGGUGCUAUGUCAGGUGAAGCUGUGACAGUGGCAGCUGUCACAGAGAGCGGGAAGGGAACAAGAAGGCGAGGACCAAUAGGAGUGGGACCACCCAUUACCAAAUUUGAGGGGCCUGGAGGAAGCUCCUAUGAGGAUGCUGAUCAGGUGGAAGAUGAGGAGGAAGAAGCAGAACAAGAGGAAGAUGAGAUGGUGAAGGCCCCAGCAAGGGUGACAGAUCUGGAAAUUGGCAUGUAUGUUCUCCUGGGUGUCUUCUGCCUUGCCAUCUUCAUCUUCCUCAUCAACUGUGUGGUCUUUGUCCUUCGUUACCAACGCAAGGAGCCCCCCGAUGCCGGGUCAGGGCCGGCCUCUUCAACCCAGCAGCCUCACAACUGGGUCUGGCUAGGCACUGACCAGGAGGAGCUCAGCCGGCAGCUGGAUCUGCGCCACCAGCACUGCAAAGACCUGUCCCUGGACCCUUCUGGCACCGGUGAGGGUUGCUGCUGCUGUGCAGGGCCAGAGGGGAGGCUGGAGCCUGUAGCCCAAGAGAGCCCAGCUCCACUCCCAGGGCCAGAAACAGAAACCCUCUUGGUUUCUGCCAGUACUUUUGGCCCGACAGCUCAAGGAAGCCCAGCCCUAACCACCACCUUGUCUCGGAAGAAAGACGGCAGGGAGGUGGGGGGUCGGCGGAAACGUGUGGAGUUUGUGACCUUUGCCACUCCUCCUGGCUCUGCUUCGAGUCCUCCAACCUCGGCGCCUGCUGUUCAGUCCAUCCUGGUGGCCAGCGAAGAUGACAUCCGCUGGGUAUGCGAGGACAUGGGGCUACAUGAUCCGGACGAGCUGCGCAGCUAUAUGGAAAGAAUCCGGGGCAGUUCCUGAUCUCAGGCUCUCCUUUACUCUCCACCCAUACCCAUAUGGGCAAACCAAUAAGGGACCGGCAUUUGUUCCACCUUGGGUGCUCUCCUAGGCUCAUCCAGCUGGGCUUCUCUACCUUUUUUAUUUUCCCCAUCUAGAAUGAGCUCUACACAUGAGCAAAAACCAGACUGCGGUGGGAAGGGAAGGGAGAGGGGAAUGGGACACCAGAGAUACCCUUCCCACUCUCUAUGUUAGAGAGAUCUCCUUUCUUGGUUGUACCACUGAAGGUACAAGAGGGAUUUACAGGUGAGAGACAACACCUUCCCCUCUGGUUACUUUCAUGCAGUGGAACUACAGCUCUCCUUCCUGGAGACAGAACAUGUGUCUUUAUUGAUUCUCCCCUCCCCUCCCCACCAAGACCUUUUUAUUAGGUGCAGGAAAGGUGUUGCACACUUCAAGGCAGCUAUAUGCCAGCAGCAAGACGCUGUGAUGUGCUUUAGAAGGGAACCCCAGCUGGGCCCUGUUCCUGUGCCUCCCUUAUUGCUUUGAUUCUCAUUGCCAGUUUGUGUCCAUUGUGAUGGUUUUAACAGCGAGUGUCCCGUCUUUCCUGUGGUCUGAGCCUGGGGCUCUUUCUCCCACUGCUAAACCCUACUCUUUGAAGCUGGGCCGAGCUCCAGGGAGGCACUGGCCGGCUUUUUUUUUCCUUCCCACCCCCUGGCCAUGUGCCUGGUGUGUUCUUAACAGUUUUGUACAAUCGCUCACAUUUUAUACCUGUAGUAUUGGGAGGUUGCCAAGCAAGUCCUUUAUUUAUGGGAGAUUUUUAAUUCUUACAUUGUUAAAAUGGAAUAAAUAAUAAUUUAAAAAAGAA